AAUUGCAGCAGAUAUUUUGGGAAUAAGUCAGCAUGUGGGCAUCUGCAGUCAACAGCAUGUGGGUGAAUUCCGUGCAAAUCUCUACCUGUGUGUUGGUGGGUAUGGGUACAGAUCAGAUCACCCUUGUUCAUGUGUAAGGUGAACCUGCACGAUAGUGCUCUGCAUGUCCACGUGCACCUGUGCUCACUCUUCUGUGGGACAUCCUUGGGCCUGCACAUAGCCCUGGGGAGAGCGCUCAGGCUCUUGGCAGGGAAGGCAGAGCCCAGCUGGUCUAAAGUCUGGCUCUCGGCUGAAACAAGCAGCCCCCAGCUCACCCUAGCACUACUCUGGGCUCCUGGAACAAACAUGUCUCUCGCCAGCUGCUGCUUCCCUGGAGUUUCUCCUUCCCGUCCCCAGCCACGCCGCUUUCAGUGCCACAUCUGGGCACCGAUUCGGAGCCUGGGGCUACGGAGGGAAGAGGAGACACCCUGGCUGCCCAGAAAUUCAGUGUGGUGGUGGGUUUGGGUUAGGAUUGGGUCUAGCUUGUGUGAAUGAGAGUGCGUACACUGGGGUAGGAGAAUGGACGAAAUGGUUGGGAGGGGUCGGUCUGGCCCCUUGACCUGGGCGCCCUGGAGGUGCACAAAGUCUCUCGUCCCUGGAACCAUUACCAGGUACGCUCAGACGCCCGUUGCCUCGGCAAACACCGUUUGCCUACGCUGACCCGCGCGCCGCCGACACACCUCGGAGCUCCCGGAGCGCGCUCGGCGCUCAGGGCUCAGCGGCAGGUGCCUCGCCGCGCAGACUCGCCGGGCGCGGGGACCGGCUCGGGCGCGGGGCCGGCUGGGGCGGGGCGGCGGCGCGCGUUCCCCGCCGGCCACACGGGCCGCCCUGCGCCCGGCGAGGGGCGUGUGCACAGGCCCGGGACCCGAGGGCCCCAUGUUCACGGAGCUGAGGACCAAGCUGAGCCCCCCGCGAGGCCGCGCCGGGGCUGUGCGCACCGGCUUUGGGGAGCGCCGGGAUGUGGACGCCACUGCCCACUUCAGCUUCUGCCGGAGCCUCCUGGAGCACACAGUGUCAGCCGAGAGUAUCCCCUGCCACCUGCCUCGGACACCAGGCACCAGUCGCACGUGGCAUGACUCCCGUGGGCAGAGAGUAGCUGGCAGCCGGCCAGUCAAGCUCCUGCAGCAGCCUGGCACAGAGGCCCCCCAGAGCCGGCUGUACCCUGACCACUAUGGCCUGUAUCAUACAAGUCCCUCCUUGGGUGGCCUGACGAGGCCUGUGGUCCUGUGGAGCCAGCAGGAUGUCUGCAAGUGGCUCAAGAAGCACUGUCCCCACAACUACCUCGUCUACGUGGAGGCCUUCUCCCAGCACGCCAUCACCGGCCGGGCACUGCUGCGGCUGAACGCCGAGAAGCUGCAGCGCAUGGGGCUGGCACAGGAGGCGCAGAGGCAGGAGGUGCUGCAGCAGGUCCUGCGCCUGCAGGUGCGCGAGGAGGGGCGGAGCCUGCAGUUGCUCAGCCAAGCGUCCUUCGGAAGUGCGUCGUAGCUGCCGCCAGAGGCUUGAACCCCAGACCCCAGCACUGUGACCAGAGCCCGUGGCAAGGACGAGGCAGAGCUGGCUGUGCAGCCCCUCUUGGACCUUGCAAGAGGUCCCAGGGGUUGAACCCAGCCCAGGGGACAGGUGGGACCAGGAUCACCCCCUGCAGCAGCCUCGGGUUGUGCACUUGGAGUCGUGCCUGGGAUUGGGAGGGUAGGCCUGCUUGACUGCGGCUUCUCCUCUGAGGACCUGAGCCCAGGCCCACUCCCUGGUGCUGCUGGCAGCAUGUGGGGCAGCAGAGAGGGGUUUGGGUGUCCCCACCCAGGGAGUCUGUUUAUAUUCCCUCCACUCACAUCAUUGUCCAACCCCACUGUCUGCUGAGCCACCCAUCAUCUGGGCAUCCUGCACUCUCCCAGAGUGAGAGGUCUGUCUGUCUGCCCAUUUGUCUGGUUCUAUACACUCCCCCAGCACCUGGAGGACUGCCCACCCAGGUGGGAUAAACUGCUGAAGCUCUCCUUGGUGUGUGCGCUCCCCUGUGCCCCCCCAGCAGGCCCUACCCACCACCCAGAUAAUUGUGAGCAGUGUCUGCAUCCACCCAGCUGAGCCCUGUGCCGAGCACUUUUCACUAUUUAUGAAACCAUCACCAAGCCCCCAUCUAUUCAUGGGAACUGAGACGAGAGAGGUCCGGGGUUGCCCAAGCGCCACGACCUAGCAUGGCACAAUGAGAAGAACCCCACAGCCAGCACCCCGCACCAGACUCAGCCGAGUCCCGACUGCAGGUUUGGGGGUCUCCCUCCCCCAGGGUCAUGGAGACCUCCUUCAAGGCAGUCACGGGCAGGUAUUUCCACUGGCCUUUGCCUAGGAAAACCUGGAUUCACACAAGAGAACAUCCUGAGGGCUGUGCUCCACCCAUGCACCCACCAAAUACCCAGCUGUCACCUGAGCAACCUCCCUGUGGGGCACAGGGCCAGGGAUUUGGGGCUGGUGCUGCCCAGCAGAAGGACAGUGAUGGCUGGCAGUCCUGGCAGCCCCUUCUUCUUGCUCCUCUGCCCUCUCACUCCCCUAGGAGACAUUGAAAAUCUCAGAGACAGAUGAGGCUGAGCCCCCAGCCCUUCUCUGUGCCCUGAGCUGCCUCCGAACGGGAGCUUGGUUGUUGCAGGUCCUGAGUGACAUUUGGACAGCUGGCCUGGUGCCUGCCAUCCUGUGCGCCCCCCACGGGAAGCCCCCUCAUCCUACCUGGCUGCCCUGUCACUGCCCACCUUGUGCCAUCCCAGUGCUGUCCUUUCCAAAGGGCCGGCCCCAUCUCUGCCCCACCUCCUCCUUUGUCCUGCCCACUCUGCACCCCCCCACUCCUGUCUCAUCUUCCUUGUUUUGUGCUUUUUUAUAUUCUGACAAAAAAGCCAGAAAUAAACCUGGUUCUCAAGUA